AUGUUGCUGCGAUUCUCCCUCACCGUCUGGGUGCUCGCCGCACUGGCGUCGCUCGUUGCCUCUCAGGCCUACCCCAUCACCGGUGUUCAGGUCGCCGCCGGCAGCGCGGUUCCCUACAGGAAAAACAUCAACAUCCUGUACAAGAACGGAGGAGCUCCCUGGGAUCUCUACCUCCGAUCUCUGCAAGACCUCUAUGCUCAGGAUGCCAACAACCGUCUGUCAUACUUUCAGAUCGCCGGCAUUCACGGCAGGCCUUACAUCGAAUGGAACAACGCCGGCAGGAGAAACACCAAUGGAUGGCAGGGCUACUGCCCCCACGGUGAAGCCCUUUUCCUCCCGUGGCACCGCCCCUACGUCCUGGCCUUCGAGCAACGUCUAGUCGAGACCGCCAUCAGGCUUGCCAACCAGUACCCCGCUGCCCACCGCGCGACCUACGUCAAGGCCGCCCAGACCCUGCGCGCUCCUUUCUGGGACUGGGGAUACGAUGCCCGCGUGCCUCCCGUCACCGUCCCCAACACGCUGCCCGUCCGCGUUCCCAACGGCUCCGGCUUGAGGACCAUCCAGAUCUCGAACCCGCUGCGCUACUACCGCUUCCCUCAGUCUGCGAUCGACCAGAGGUUCGGCUCUUUCUCCCGUGAUGCCCAGGUUUUCAAGUGCCGCGCGCCCCAGAACUACCCCAACUCGGCCAACGCCGCCAUGGCCCGCCGUUCGUACAGGUCGUGGACCUACGAUGCCAUGACGCGCUCGGCCAGCUUUGAGGAGUUUGCCUCGACCGGCAGCUCCGGCAUCUCGCUCGAGCAGAUCCACAACGCUGUCCACUGGGAUGGUUCUUGUGGUUUCCAGUUCCUCGAUGCCGACUACUCCGCCUUCGACCCCCUCUUCAUGCUUCACCACGCCAAUGUCGACCGUCUCUGGGCCUACCGCCAGUUCAUGCGCCCCGACCAGGCCACCCUGACCCGCACCUACAGCGGCGGCGCCCGCUUCAGCACCCCCGGCGGCACUUCCAUCGGCCCCAACAGCCCUCUGCAGCCCUUCUUCGCCGCGCCCGGCCGCUUCCACACGCCCAACUCGGUCCGUUCCAUCCGCGGCUUCGGCUACACCUACGAGGGACUCGAGUACUGGAAGAAGAACGACGGCCAGCUCCAGCGCGACGCCACCGCCCUCAUCAACAAGUACUACGCCACCGGCGCGGCCCGCCCCCAGGUCCGCAAGCGCGAGAACGAGGAGGUGACGCGUUACUUCGCCCAGAUCAAGGUCAAUGUCGAGGAGCUCCAGAGGCCCUGCGCCAUCGAGCUGUUCGCCAACGUCACGAGCGUAGGCAACUUUAUCGUCAUGAAGCAGCCCGCCCAGGGUUUGUUCUACGGCAAGUUCUCCCUCGACAAGGCUGCCGACCCCGUGGAGCUCGCCGAUACCGAGACCAAGGUUGUCGUCAACGAUCUCCUUGCCGCCCUGCGCGUUCAGAUCACCAAGCACGACGGCACUGUCCAGGCCCUUGAGUCGGUUCCCAGCUUCAAGCUCGAGCUCGAGAACGUCGACGUCAUCCCCCCCGAAACCGACACUGAGCUGCCCGAGUACACUGACGCCGAAAAGGUCACGGCUCCCAAGGAGGACCUGGCCGCGGCGCCCCCUUCGUAA